CGAAGCAGAGCCACGCAACUCCACACGACUCCCCCCUCCUCCGCGCUCUCGCCGUCGCGCCGCCAUGCUCCAGCCCCGAAGCCGCGCCCCCGCACGCCUCCUCCUCUCUUCUCCCGCGGCCUCCCCCCUGCCUGCUCCUCCCCACCGCCCCGUCCCCGCAGCGGCGACCGCCGUCUCCCCGAACCCUAGCCUCGCCGCCGCGGAGGAGUACCGCCUCGUCGACCUCGCCAGGCCGCAAGACCUCAAGGCCCACGCCGUCCUCGGCCUCGCCCUCUCCACCGGCGGCGCCCCUUCCUCCGCCCCUGCAGCGCGGCAGCAGUAGACAGCCAGGUACAAGAAGUGGGAAACAAGUGCUCAAAUGGGGGCAUCUCUCAGCUUCCCCAGCAACGGGAAGCAAACUUUGGAGCACAAGGAAGCGUCGAAAUCAGGUUCCUCGAAGAAGCUUCGCCCUGGUCAUUACCACCCGAGGCUGAUUCCUGACCUCCCGGAUGAGAUCUCCCUGCAAAUCCUCGCGAGGAUGCCAAGGGUGUGGUAUCUUAGCAGCAAGAGGGUUUCACGGAGCUGGAAGGCCACCAUCACUGGCAUGGAGUUGUAUCGCGUGAGGAAGGAGCUUGGUGUGGAUGAAGAAUGGAUUUACAUACUGACCAAGGCGGCCAAUGGCAAGCUGUCAUGGCACGCUUUUGAUCCGCUUUGCAGCCGAUGGCAGAGACUGCCGCUCAUGCCUGUGGUUGCUCGUGGGGGAAGCCGUUUAGGGGGUUUGGUGAGUGCUGGGAUUAGGAUCUCUGGUGUCAUUAGAGGCUUGCUUGGCCAAGAGGAUUGGUUAGACAAGAUUCCCUUCUGUGCUUGCGCUGUUGGAACGGUCGAUGGAUGCCUCUAUGUUCUGGGUGGGUUCUAUAGAGCCACAGCAAUCAAAAGCGUGUGGAAGUAUGAUCCAGCUGUAAAUCUGUGGCAGGAAGUAAACUCGAUGAGCACCGCGCGAGCGUUUGGCAGGACUGGCCUGUUGAACAACAAGCUGUACGUUGUUGGCGGUGUCAUCAGGGAAGAAACUGGAUUGGCUCCGCUUCAAUCUGCUGAAGUGUUUGACCCAGCCACAGGAAUCUGGGCAGAUGUGCCAAGCAUGCCCUUCUCUAAAGCACAAACUCUGCCGACUGCAUUCCUGGCAGACUUACUGAAGCCGGUUGCUACAGGAAUAGUCUCAUUUGGAGGCAAGCUGUAUGUGCCUCAGAGCCUAUAUUCCUGGCCAUUCUUUGUUGAUGUUGGCGGGGAGGUGUUCGAUCCUGCGACGGACUCAUGGUCAGACAUGCCUGUAGGCCUGAGCGAGGGUUGGCCUGGGAGGCAAGCCGGGACAAAAUUAAGUGCUGUUGUGGAUGGGGACCUAUAUGCUUUGGAGCCCCCAACUUGUUCUGAUAGUGGCAAGAUAAAGAUGUACGAUCCCAACGAGGAUACAUGGAAGGCUGUUGUUAGCCAGGUGCCUGUUGGUGACUUUGCAGAGUCAAAGUGUCCGUACUUGCUUGCGGGGCUUCUUGGGAAGCUCCAUUUGGUCAUCAAGGAUGCAAAUAGCAUGAUCAGCAUCCUGCAAACGGACGCUCUAAAGCCUAUGGAUGCAACUGGCUCGACAUGCCAAAACCCAGAUGUCUCUUGGGAGCAAGACGUCGAUAUUUGGAGAAUGGUUGGCUCAAAGAAAUUUGCGGCUGCCGAACUUGUUAGCUGCCAGGCGCUCAGCAUAUGAAGUUUGGAGAAACCAUACAUACAUUCUGCUCUGCUGUCUUGAGGCAUGUGUGUUUGGUUGGAAGAUACACUGAAGAAAUUGGACCGUAUACUUGCUGUGACAUCACACUGGCAGGACUUUCUGAACGGAGUAUGUACGAACAUGAUCUAUAUGCAGAACAGGAAGCUUAAGCUGUAGACUGGCAAUUUCGACCAGUAUGGCCCAACACUAUCUGAACUGGAAGAGAAGCAACAAAUGAAGCAGUACAGUUGGGAACUUGGGGUUCCUCUGGUCCCCCAAGCCGGCACGGCAGGCUUAGAGCAAAGAGAAAACGCUUGCCUUGCCAAGAUGGAGCGAGGCGGUCUCACAGAGAAGGUCGCAAGGUACUGACAUUCCACUUCACCAACGUCGGCAACCUCCCGCCGCCUGUACUAUUUUACACACUGAUAUAUGCAGUACAUUAUAAUGUCACGUAUUUUAUCUAUCUAUCUUUAAAGUGGGACCAUAUUAUAUGAGAUGGUAGAAAUCAAUCAGUAGGGGAAAGUGUAGAACCAUAUUUAGGAGGCUAAAAUUGAAAACAGUAACCAGUAACUAGAAGUGGUACUAAAUUGAAAACAAACAGAAUGAAUCAAAGCUAGAAUAAACCAGUAACCCUGCAUUCCUGGGUCAUGGAUAUGGCAGGAGAUGUAUGGGUGGGAUGAUAGAUGUCUCACCUGAUCAUGUCACUCAUACAUGAAGAAGAUGAAGAAGGCCGGCAAUGCCAAGGCCAAGGCGCUUGUGUGCGGACGCAGCAUCAUCAAGAUUCUCAUGCACAUCUAUAUUGUGUCCAACGCGUUGUCGACCGUUUCGUUUUGGAAACGAACCGAAGGAUGCCUGGAUGGGAUGGAUGUGAAUCUUGAUGGUGCCGCGCCCGCAAACACCCGCCAUCAAGUAACCUACCCUACACUACACUGUAAGUAGCACUGGUAACACUAGAGCAGCAGACCUGCAGGGUGAUGAUCCAAACAGCCCUGGGAGUACAAGCAAGCACUGAUGCAACUAGCUAGCCAGCCCCGUCCAUCAGGAAUACAACUAGCUAGCACCCAUCCAUCCAUAAGGAAUGGAUGCAACCCAACCAUCUCAAUAGAUUAUGAAAGAGCUAUCGCUAAUCUCUCCCUCGGCUCUGGCUAAGUACUAUAUAUAGGAGGAGUACUUAGUUAACUAGUGAACUGGAGCAUGGUCACUAUGUGGCCGGUGAGAUUGGCAAACCGACCAGGUGACGUGGAUGGGGCCCGCAAAACGAGCGUGGCACCUGGCCCUGUCUACCAGCAGAAAUAUUCUGUCUAUUAGUUUACUUUUGAUGAAAAAAUAUUAAUAUAAUAAUUUAAUAUCGAGAAGGUAUUGGUUACACUUGACUAGUCUCUGCAAUGCCUUGGACAACUGAAAGUAACCAUACUGACUACUACGAACCUAGUUAUGUCGGCAGGGGAUACAAUACACGUACUGAGUACUUGAAACGUCGUGCCAUUUUAUUUGUAAGUACAUAUAUAUAUACACUUGUAGUACAGCAUUUGGCGCUGUCCCAAAAAUUCGGGUCUGCGACUGCACGGCAUCCUACUGGUAUUGCCGUUUUGGGGCUACUUGCGUGAGCUUAGCUUAAUUUGGAAAUGUCGGCGACUCCGUGCAGAGAGAGAAUACAUUGAAACCUUGGAUACCACCACCGCCAACUGUAUCCUGGCUAGCUUGGCUUGCUUUUCUUGGCAUCACCUCUGCCUUGCCUUGGUGUUGCAAAUAAAGUCAUUUACAUAUCGGUUAGAGCCCGUUCAUCCAUGCACAAGCAGCAGUAUGAUUGUACUAGUACUAGCUUUUACAUGUCUGAACACACGACUAUACUGUAUAUGAUUACAACUUCUUAGGGCCGGGGAACCUGGUGAAGAUGCAACAUGGCUGCUACUGCCUUCAUUACCGUUUAUCCACGAGUCGUCCAUCGUCAUUUCCAGCUUGACUUGUACAACCUGUGUCUGAAGUCACUUCCAAACAUACUGUAUUUCUGCAGUUGUCUUAGUAUUCUGAAACAUAAAUUUAACUUGGAUUUUAUCCAUGUUUCGCAUAAUUUGGUUUCCGCUGGAUAUUUUCUCACAUCCACCAUCAACUUAACCGCCGUGGAAAUCACGGCAUUCGCACGUGGCAGGCACUGUCGCCAUCCAUAUCGGAUAGGUACACGUUUACUUGACGCGCUAAUCCAUCCAAGGAAACCAAGAUUAAUCGAACCCUAUAUAUUCACAGAAUACCUUGUGGAAGCAUGCUCAUCGCAAAAAAUCAAAAAUGAGAAUCUCAGACCAGUAAACCGAUCCACAUCAACGCAGAAUAUCUCUGUCUGGUUCUGGUUGAAAGGUAAGCUAGGAUAAGGCAUGGGGAUUUGAGUGAGAUGCAAGUGUGUGGACGUGAGGCUGCUGUGUAAAUGUGGUUUUAAACCCUUGGGUAUUCAGCUAGCCGGGCACCAUCCAACACUGCACUCGGACCAGAAAAGGCUGUCGUCCCAUUGUUCGUUCUGUCCGGCGGUCCGGCCACAAACAACGGUACUUUCCUCUCUUCUCCAUAGUACUAUUGUAUCACCGAUCCAGCGGUAUGCUUAUUGGCUUAUUUCAAAUCAAGAGCGAGUGCUUACACAAAGUUAAGCUUAUUGUGCUAUAUAAAUGUCUAUUAUCCAGCUCUAUACUUACGUAAUUGUUAACCAUCAGCCAAAGUUUGCAUGAAUCAAGGUCGAACAUGACAAAAUUAAUACUCCCUCCGUUCAAAAAUUACUCUCUUCGUUCGAAAAGAAGUGUUGUGGUUUUAGUUCAGAGGGAAUACUACUCACUAUGUUCCAAUUCAUUUGAAAUUAUAGUUUUGUCCUAAUUCCUGUAACUCAGUGAACUCUUUGUACUCUUCUUAUCUUAUUAAAAAAGAAGCAACUAUUUUAUGUCCGUUUAAAAAAAGAAAAAUGUUUGUAUCUACAAUAUCACAUAUUAAUUGGUGUUGUACAUACAUAUUAAUAUAUAAAAAUGUAUUGAUAUGAUAAAGCUAAUUAAACCAAUUUAGUGUAGUACAUAUUGGUAUGUUUUUCCUAGACUUGGUCAAACUCAAGAAAGUUUUUUAUAAACCUUUUUUUUCGAAGAGAGGGUAAACCCCCGGCAUGUGCAUCAGUAAGUGCCCGUAAGCUUUCCUUCCACUGACUUAGCACCGUGCCUCCGUCGUACUAUGCCAUGAUGUUUAUAUGUCAUAUUUUGCAGGCAACAAUGGCCUCAAUGCGUCCCCAGCGACCUGGAGAACUCACCAUGCUCAUAUUUUUGACAUUAUUGCUGCUUUCUUAUCAAAAUCAAUUGCUCAACGCUCCACGACGACACCACAGAUGUGCUCUGGCUGCAAGCUUUCAGGCAUGAGAUCGUUUCUGAUCCCUCUGGAUGGUUGAGCUCUUGGAACUCCAGCUCCAGCCACUGCAUGUGGCCGGGAGAGUAAAGUGCAGCUCAACACACCCAGGGCGCGUGGUGGCGCUCCAACUCUCUGGCCUAAACUUGGGUGGCCAAAUCAGCUCCUCCAUUCGGAACUUGACGUUCCUCACAACUCCCAACCUCUCCAUAAAUGGUUUCUCUGGCCAGUUACUCCCCAUGGACCAUCAGUAGACCUAUCUAAAAACUUUCUAGUUGGUGAAAUUCCUGCAAAAGUAGCCCUCCUCUCCAACCUCUCUGUUUUACGUCUUUCUUGGAAUAAUCUCGCAGGAACAAUCCCGCCUAUCCUUGGCAACACCACCAACAUGCAAAGACUUGGCCUUGCGUACAACAAUCUAACUGGACAUAUUCCUGAUGAGCUUGGGAAACUGACAAAUAUGUGGAGGUUGAACCUAGGAGGAAAUAUGUUGUCAGGUGGAUUUCCAUGGUGUCUCUUUAAUCUUUCUAAAUCUCUUCAAAUAUUAAUUAGGCUUGGAGUCAAA